UGAAAUCUGAUAGACCUUACCAAGAAAAAAAAUCUUUUUUUUACCACAACUGAUAUUUUUUUUUUGUUAUUUACUCUUUCUCAAAAAAGUCAUGACAGAUAUGGAUCAACAAUUAGAACAGGUUGCCUCUGAAAUAGUAAACAAUCCUACUGCCAUCAAAGAAACUACGUCUGAUGAUACAAAGGAAGAAACAUUAGAUGAUAUCCUUAGUCGACACCGUGCAGAAGAACGUGAUCUCAACAAUAAAAUCAUUGGUUUAAGGAAAACGAUACCAAAGAAUAACAAGGCCAAAAAGCGAGAAAUGACAAGUAGGAUAUCGGAUAUGGAAUACCAUUUGAAACAAAAACAACAAUUGGAAAUACGACAAUAUCAUGCUAAACAAAAAGGUCUUGAUCCCAAUAGUCUUGACGACGACAAUGACGAUGACGGUAUUUCUUUAGAUACUUUGAAUAGACUAAAGGUGGAAGAAGAUCCUAUAGCACCUUCCUCGUCGCCUACUGUCAAACCCAUGAAUGCUACACCUAGCAAGAAACCUAACCGUGCCAAACUCAAGAAGGAACGUAGAGAACAAGAAAUGCAACGACUUCGAGAAGAGGCUGAAAAGGAAGCUGAAAAUCAGGUGGAUAUGGGACAAUUGGAAAUAGAAUCUAUUCGUGAACUUUUGGUACCUAUGAAACUUCGUGUACAAGAGAUUACUGCGGAUGGUCAUUGUCUUUACAAUGCUAUAGGUGCUCAACUUGAAAAAAGAUAUAAUGAAAAGGAAACUUAUCAAGAUCUUCGAAAGCAAACUGCCAAAUAUAUGCGACAACACCCUGACGAUUUCAUUCCAUUUUUAUACAAGGAUAAUGGCGAUCUAUUUAGCGCAGAUGAUUUUGAAAUGUAUUGCAAUGAUAUUGAAUCAACAGCGCGCUGGGGUGGUCAAUUAGAGAUUCUUGCAUUAUCCAAUAUCAAGCAAGUGCCUAUUCAUGUCAUCCAAAUGGGAGCUCCUGUGAUCAAAGUCAAUGAUGAAAUCUAUCAAGAUAAACAACCUCUGAAGCUGGCUUAUCAUAAACAUCUAUAUUCUUUAGGUGCACAUUACAAUUCUUUAUUAGAUAUCUAGUUUUACACUUUUCGUUUAUAAAAAAAUAAAUCUUUGUAUUGUUUUGAUA